UUCACUCAUUGGCUGGAAGACGAUCAGAAACAUGUUAUAUGCACCAAGAUAUAAACUGGAGUCGGUGUAGGGCGUAUUGAGGAAUCUUGUGGUAACCAGAUCUCAAUGCCAAGACGAGCUGUUUUCAACUGUUGACGUGACUGGAGAAUUGAACGCAGGAAGAAGAAGACAAACACAAUUUUGAGCAUAUCGGAAAAUCUACAACGUUCUGCACCUUAUUUUUUGGAUUUGUGUAACCUCUAAAGAGGCAGUGUUGAUUAUCUUACCCCCGAAUCAAUGCAGGAUGCAAGAGCACAAGGUCCAACUGGACUGGAUUACCGGAUUAAUGGACUGAUUAUAGGACAAUUAUCGGGCAAAAGUCCUUAUCGCUCUCCAGAUGUUCGUGAAUGAAAUGAUGUAAAACGUGGUCCCGAAAAAGCAUAUUUAUUGGUGCAUCUGCUAUAGGGAUACUUUAUGGGUUAGUUCAUGUAGCCUACAUGUUCAUAACCAGUAUGCAACAGUGUGUAGCCUAGCUCUCACAGAAAAAAAAGUAUACUGUGUACUGUAGAUGGUAGCCGGCUACGCUGGAAAAUGUGUAGUUAAAUGAAUGAAUAUCUCCGUAUUUUUCUGUAAACUAGGUGUAGAUGCCGCAUGGGCUUUGCGCAUUUGUACUGCCUAACCUUCAGCAUAGAGUGUUGAACAAACGGAUGUAACCUUGUAGCAACAAGGGAAAUCAUGAACGCUUUAAAAUCACUAAAUAUAUUUUAUUCAUCGCACAAGUGAAUCACGUCUGCCACAUGUUCAAUUGUGUAUUGCGUUAGGCUAAUGCGUGAUAUGUCUUUGGGCGUUCAUCUCUGUUUACAGAAAUAGUUAAUUAUAUCUGUAUAUGGCAUGUGAAGGAGGUUAGAAUAACCGCGUAAAAGAGGGGAAAGGCUGGCUCAUAAAUCGAUUAAAUAUCCUCUGUCGUCUUGGAUACAAAACUACCUGUCUCGUGUGAUUUUAGUCGUAGUGUGUGGCACCUGGACAAAUCAACAGGUUGGAAGUUAAAAGGGACAUUUUUUAAGCACGCGCAUCCUACACAGUAAAGGGAUAUGCGUCUUCCUGUCAUAUGUUUCCUUCUCUUCUGGGCUAAAGCCCGGACACUGAAAAAUCUAAAUUAUUCUGUUCCGGAGGAGCAGGGACCUGGAACUGUUAUCGGAAACAUUGCUAAGGAUGCCGGAUUUGGACCGGUGGAGAAAGGAACCAAGUCGAACUUUCGAGUUCUGGAGAAUUCUGCUCCACAUCUCAUUGAUGUGGAUUCGGAGAGUGGGCUGCUUUUUACCAAACAGCGGAUUGACAGGGAGACCUUGUGCAAACGCAACCCUAAGUGUCAGCUCUCUAUGGAAGUGUUUGCCAACGACAAGGAAAUAUGCAUGAUCAAGAUUGAUGUAGUGGAUAUAAACGACAACUCCCCCAGUUUCCCCUCAGAUCACAUCAAUAUUGAUAUUUCAGAGAACGCAGCUGCUGGGACACGGUUCCCUUUAACAAUUGCACACGACUCAGAUUCUGGACAAAACGGAAUAAAGACUUAUCAGGUCACCAGAGAUGAUUACAAUACAUUUUCUUUGGACUUGAAAUUGAGAGGUGAUGGAACCAUAUAUCCUGAAUUGGUGGUUCAGCGCCCUCUAGAUAGGGAAGAUCAGUCUCAUCACACCCUCCUUUUGACAGCCAUUGAUGGAGGGGAGUAUCCAAGAUCAGGGUCCAUGCAAAUCAAUGUGAGAGUUACUGAUUCAAACGAUAAUAGCCCAGUAUUUGACAAACCCGCCUAUGUGCUGGAGCUCCCUGAAAACUCACCGCCUGGGAGAAUGCUGAUAGAUGUGAAUGCAACUGAUCAAGAUGAGGGCAGCAAUGGACAGGUAGUCUAUUCUUUCAGUGGAUAUGCAUCCGAUAGAGUCCAAGAGUUGUUUUCUAUUGAUCCCAAAACAGGUGUCAUUAAGAUUCAGGGAGAAAUUGACUAUGAGGAUAAUCCAACCAUUGAAUUUGACGUGCAGGCCAUGGACCUGGGGCCUAACCCCAUACCUGGCCAUUGUAAGAUUUCAGUCAAAGUGCUUGACAAGAAUGAUAACUGGCCCGUUAUAAGUUUUGUCUCCGUCCGCCAGGGAGCUAUCAGUGAGGCAGCGCCUCCAGAAUCUGUCAUCGCCCUGGUGAGAGUCACUGAUAAGGAUUCUGGGAGGAAUGGCCAGCUCCAGUGCAGGGUGCUUGGCAAUGUACCAUUCAGGCUGCAGGAAAACAAUGAUAAUUUUUACACUCUGCUCACAGACAGACCUCUAGACAGGGAACUGAAAGACGAAUAUAAUGUGACCAUAGUGGCCAGAGACAACGGAAUACCCUCGUUGAAUUACACCAAAUCAUUCACAGUGAAAAUCUUAGAUGAGAAUGAUAAUGCACCGCGUUUCACCAAGACAGUGUAUGUGCUCCAGGUGCCUGAGAACAACAUCCCAGGGGAGUACUUAGGCUCAGUUCUGGCUCAUGAUCCAGAUAUAGGUCAGAAUGGAACUGUGUCUUACUCCAUUUUCCCGUCGCACAUCGGAGACGUGUCAGUUUACACCUACGUGUCUGUCAAUCCUACCAACGGAGCCAUUUACGCCUCAAGGUCUUUCAACUAUGAACAAACUAAGUUCUUUGAGUUCAAAGUUCAAGCUAAAGACGCAGGUUCUCCUCAUAUGGAGGGCAGUGCCACAGUCAGAGUCAGUGUGCUUGACGUCAAUGACAAUCUACCAGUUAUUGUAUUACCCCUCCUGAUAAAUGACACUGUGGAAAUCAUGGUCCCUAGAAAUGUAGGUCUGGGGUACAUAGUGACCACGGUGAGAGCGGUCGAUCAGGACCACGGGGAGAGCGGUCGUCUGACCUACGAGAUCUGGGAGGGUAACGAGGAGCACCUGUUUGAGAUGGACCCUGUGGCCGGCGAGGUGAGGACUGCCCGUGCUGUGUGGGAGGACGUGGCCCCAGCUGUGGAGCUGGUAGUGAAGGUAACCGACCACGGCAAGCCCCCACUGUCUGCCGUGGCUAAGCUGAUCAUUAAGGCCAACACAGGAGCCAUGGCAGCAGGGGAGUCCAGCGCCAGCGGGGAGCAGCAGCACUGGGACAUGUCCCUGCCCCUCAUCAUCACCCUCUGCAUCAUCUCCCUCAUGCUCCUGGCUGUCAUGACUACCAUCGCCGUUAAGUCCAAGCAUCAAGAUAAGGAGGCUGGGAAUUAUAACUGCCGUAUGGCCGAGUACUCCAACUCCAAUCCCCCGGUUGGAAACGGCAAGAAGAAGAGGAUCAACAAGAGCGACAUCAUGCUGGUGCAGAGCGAGGUGGAGGAGAGGGACUCUGUGAGCAGGAUGAACGUGGUGAGCAGCCCGUCUCUCAUCACCUCGCCUAUCUGUUUCGACUACCAGGCGACCAGCCCCCUGCCUCUCACGCUGCCCAGGUCAGAGGUCAUGUAUCUGAAAACCACUUUCAACAGCCUGACGGUACCUCGGGCUGGCUGUCACUCAAGCUUUGCGGGGCUUACCACAGAGACUCCUAUGGAUAGAAUGUCAGUGAUACAGACGGAUAAUUUUCCUUCGGAGCCGAAUAACGUGGCCAACAGGCAACCAUUUGCUCAAAGCAGCUCAACUUUUAAGGAUGCAGAGCGAGCGAGCCUCCGAGACAGUGGCCAUGGUGAUAGUGACCAGGCUGAUAGUGACCUGGAUACUAAUAAAGGCUGCGCCUGCAACACGUCUGCCAGGGGGGCCCUCAAGAUGAAAGCCACAGCAGUUAAUGGCCAGCCUCUUGACCAGGGACAAGGCAGAUCUGUUCACUGCACAGAUGAAUGUCGUGCGCUGGGCCAUUCUGACAGAUGCUGGAUGCCAAAGCUACGUGUAGGAGGCCAAGCAGACAGCGGCGAUAAUCGCACCGACCUUUUCAUCCCAGUGGGAAUGGAGGCCACGGCUGAGACAGAGAUUUAUGGCAGCCUCAACCGCAGCGCAGCCAGAAAAACCCUCAGCACGUUCGGCAAGGAGCAGCGGGACAGCACCAUCCUAGUGGCCAACAUCAAACCCUACUUCAAGUCUCAGCGUCCCCGCAGUCCCCUGCUGCAGGAGUGCUCUUCUGGGUCCAGCAGCCCCACCAAAGGGAACACACCCCUGGACUCCCACACCAAAGGGCCUAGGGAGGAGGUGGGGAGGGACGGGGAGGGGGGCUCAGACAGCAGUGCCUAUGGACCCCCAGAUGGCCAAUGUUCACCGCCCCAUACGGAAUUGGAGGAGCCGUCAUAUAUGGUUUGCGGCCUCACGCCCAAGUCCCUGUCAAACAGCCUUAUCCACAGCUCUGAGAUCAGAUCUGGGAUCAUCAGCCAGGAGUGUGUGGGGAUGGAGUGUGUCAGUCCAAACCAGCGGGACUCUGGGGACUGAAAGGUCAGGAUCUGGGCCUCAUCUGGGAGCCGUGUGAUGCGGUCACAGAUGAAUGACGGAAGGGUCAUUUAUGUUCACCCAGGAAGGUUCCAGACAUUGUACUGUAUAAACCAAAAACCAUCAGACAUUAGCUCUGUCUUUUUUUUAUUCUGUGGUUUGUUGUUAAAUGUAAAGAAAAACAUGUAUGUCCGUGGUUCUGACUGCUGUGAGCUAGAAGGGGAAGAAAAUCAUUGCUUUCAUGCUAUUAUGUGUUUUCAUGCUAUACUGUUCAAUUUAGAUGUCCGUGUUUUACACAAUUCAAGCUCCAAUUUCGUGAGGCUGUUGAACGAAUUGCUGCUGUUAAGGUAUUAAGUCCUGUCUGCUUUUGUUAAGUGAUAUGCUUUUGUCUUCACUUACUGUAGUGUAUGAAAAACAUCCGCUUGGAUUUAUAAUUUAAGUGAAAUACAACGUGAAGUGUCUUAUAAACGUUUAAAUUCGUCUCUGCUCUGGUAAACCAGGUCCCUUUUCAUAAAACCAUUUGAGGUUGCUGAAAAAUCAAGCCGUUUUUUACAAAUGUAUUUGUAAUUUUAUUGUCGGUUUAUGUGCAAAAAAAGCUGAGCUUUCAAGUGAAUAUGAGCUACUGUACUUGUGUAUUGUAUUAAAUU